CGGACAAUAAAAUUGAAAAUGUAAUAUGUAUCGAAUCACUAUUCACCGAGAUUGGUGAAAAAAGAAAGUUAUCUCACUUUAUAUUUCACAGCAGACCCAUGUUUUAAUCAGGAACACCGAUCUAGACCUUCGCUGCCUUCGCAAUUUGACUUUUAGCCCUAAACACUACGGAUUCCUUUCAACCAAUCAAUAUUCCAACAUCGAAGGCGGACGCCAUUUCCUCCGGGAAACAAUCUCUCUGCUGAAACGAUCAUGACUUUUGCAACUCACAUCUUCCGUCACUCCAAGCAGUUGAGAAAUGCUCCUGGGGUAAUACGGCAGGAUCAUGCCAUUCUGGUUCGGUGGUUUACUAAUAGUACUCGUUCCAUCACUAACACAGGGGAUGAUGUGUCAAAGCUCCGCCAUGGAGAGAAUAUUUGUGGAUGUAAGUCUUGCAGUGGAUCCAUAUCAAGUACACCCAUGUUCACUCGAAGUUAUAGAGUGAAUCCCACAAAGGGGCAAAAUGGACUCGCUGUUGGAGCAGAAGGAACUUCAGUUGGUGGCAUGAUGUUCAGUAGAGCAAUUUCAUGCUCUGAUGUUCAAGUUAAGAGAAGCUUUUCAUCGAGCUCAGGCCUUCCCCCACACCAAGAGAUUGGGAUGCCUUCUCUUUCACCCACAAUGACAGAGGGUAACAUAGCAAGAUGGUUAAAGAAAGAAGGAGAUCAAGUUGCACCUGGUGAAGUACUCUGUGAAGUUGAAACAGAUAAAGCCACUGUAGAAAUGGAAUGCAUGGAAGAAGGGUAUCUAGCUAAGAUUGUACAUGGAGAUGGAGCAAAAGAAAUCCAAGUUGGCGAGGUGAUUGCUAUAACUGUUGAGGAUAAGGCUGAUCUUGAUAAAUUUAAAGAUUAUAAACCCCAAGCAUCAGAUGCUGCAGCCCCAGAAGCCCCUCCUGCGCCCACCCCACCCAAAGAGGAUGUAGUUGAGAAGCCAGUCAGCACACCGGAACCCAAAGCUGUGAAGCCCACUGCAGCUUCUGAAACAGAUCGUGUUUUUGCUAGUCCUCUUGCAAGAAAAUUGGCUGAAGAUAACAAAGUAAAUCUGUCAAGUAUUAAAGGUACAGGUCCUGAUGGAAGCAUUGUGAAGGCUGAUAUUGAGGAAUAUUUAGCUUCUGGUAAGAAAGAUGUUCCAGCUGCUGCAGCCCCAAAGGGUGAUAAAUCAACGGUUUCUGCUAUUAAUUAUACCGAUAUUCCACAUACUCAGAUAAGAAAGGUCACCGCUUCUCGCUUGUUGCUUGCAAAGCAAACCAUUCCUCAUUAUUAUCUCACCGUAGAUACAUGUGUCGACAAACUUACAAAAUUGCGUGGAGAACUCAAUUCAUUACAAGAAGCUUCAGGAGGAAAGAAGAUAUCCAUCAAUGACCUUGUAAUCAAGGCUGCAGCAUUGGCUCUUCGGAAAGUUCCUAAAUGUAACAGUUCAUGGACCAAUGACUAUAUUCGUCAGUUCCAUGACGUGCAUAUCAAUGUAGCUGUGCAAACAGAUAACGGGCUUUACGUACCUGUCAUUAGGAAUGCAGACAAGAAAGGGUUGUCUACAAUCUCGGAAGACGUAAAGACUUUAGCCCAGAAAGCUAGAGAAAACACGUUAAAACCAUCCGAUUAUGAGGGGGGUACUUUUACUGUUUCGAAUCUUGGAGGGCCGUUUGGGAUAAAGCAAUUUUGUGCGAUUAUAAACCCUCCACAGGCAGGGAUUUUAGCAGUUGGUUCAGCUGAAAGGAGGGUGGUACCUGGUUCAGGGGCUGCAGAGUUUAAGUUUGCUUCUUACAUGUCUGUCACAUUGAGUUGUGAUCAUCGUGUCAUUGAUGGUGCGAUUGGGGCUGAAUGGCUAAAGGCAUUCAAAGGUUACAUUGAGAAUCCGGAGACAAUGCUGCUUUAAAGAUGAUAUGGUUUUUUUUUUUUUUUUUUUCAUUGGUUGUGUUCCGAUUAUCGAUUGAUUUCUUGUUACAAUGGGUUUGGUUGAUAACAUGAUGUGAUCUUGUUU